AUGAACAAAGCUGGCUGUGUUCACAUCACGCAGGAUGGAGUCACACAGACCUGGGACGUUCCUCUACACCUGCUCUUCAAACACCUGGACAACUUUCUCACACAGCUGCAUAGCAUCCGGGAGGCGUCUUGUGUCAUUCUGCAGUUUAAUCAGGUGGAUCAGACUGUCCUGUCUGGUGUCAACGGCAGGAUGUGGACUGAUGUGGUUCAGGGCGUGUAUGAGGACUUCCUGAGUCAUGUGACGGUUCUGUCUGAGUGUAAAUGUGACCCCACCGACCCCGACGACCAGAGCCCCAGGUUGCACCUGGAUCAGUUUCAGGAUCAGAUGUUGGACCUGGACAGACGGCUGGGGUCUGUCCUCAGCAAAGCCUUUGAGAACUGCUGCGACUUCUUGUCUGCUUCAAAGCUGGUGGAGAUGUUCAAGUGCGUGCUGGACCGUCCUCUGAUCCAGGAUCAGCUGCGUCCUCAACUGAUCCGUCUGGUGGAGCUUGUCCUGAUGGAAUUGGACCAGAUUGAGGUGCUGUUCUACUGUCAGAGAGAUAAACCAGAGACAUUCAGCAGGUUCACUCCAACCGCUGCAGCCGGACUCUGUUGGACUCAACAGCUCAAACGGAGAACUGAAAACACUCUGGAGAACUACAGGAAGGUCGAAUACCUGUGUAUGGGCUCAGCUAAGUCCCAGCUGGUCCAGCAGAGAGCCCAGCAGAUUUUGGACUUCCUGCAGGACUUCAGAGACCAACUGAGGACAGACUGGAGCUGCCAGCUGGACUCAGACUGUGCGUUCAUCCUUCAACAACCUCUGAUACAACAAAAACAGCGAGGCAUGCUGGGAGUGAAAUGCAGCCACAAGCUGGAGGCGGUGCUGAGGGAGCUCAGGUAUGUGAGCAGAGAGAGAGAUGUGGAGCUCCUCCCCCACACUGCUCGGCUCUUCACCAUCAGAGAAGACGUCACUCAGAGCUCCCUGAGCCUGGGUCACAUGGUGUCCUGCUACAACCAGGUGAUCAGUGGCGCCCUGCAGGUGGAGCUUCCUCUGAUCCAGGACCAGCAGCAGGACCUGUACCGGGCUCUGUCAGAACUGCAGAGGAACACCUGGAGCUGUGAAGGUGUGCAGCACCUGGUGGAGCAGCGGAGAGAGAGUUUGUUAAUCUUCCACUCCACAGUGAGCAAAGCCAGAAACAACAUGGACGCCAUGACACACAUCAUACAGGGCUGGGCGGAGCUUCACCUGCUGCAGCGCUCAGGUGACUCACUGCUGGAGGGCGGAGCUACAGGGGAGAGCUACAGACAAAUCAGAGAGGAGGGACAACAGCUGCUCAAGCUAACACAGGUUAACAGGAGUCUGUACGGAGCUGAGGACUCCUUUGAGUCCUGGAUCAGGUAUCUGGACCACAUUGAUGACAAGAGCUGCAGUGGGGCGUUGUUGGCGUUGAUUCUGCAGUUAGAGGAAACAGGAAGUGUGUUUGAUCCGUCAGUGCGCGACGGCCUUUCUGACCUCCUGAAGAACAUCAUCAGUGACAUCUACACAGCAGCCAGUCUGCCACCCAGGAUCUCUGUGAGUCGCCAAGGCAACUACCAGGUGUGUCUGCAGCAGAGUCCAGAACUCUCAGUGUUGGAACAGGAAGUGAUGCAUCGCCUGCUGCAGGUGAGAGAGGAGGCAGAGCGUCUGAGGGAGGGGCUGAACAGGUACUCGUUCCUGUGGCAGAGUGACAGGUUGGUGGUGCUGCAGGAGUUCCUGACCUACAGCAGACGGCUGGGACCUGAGGAGCUGGAUGCCGCAGAGGCCCCGCCCACCCUGAAGGACUUCCAGAGGGAGAUCGAGUCACUCCACAGGCUGAGCAGGGAGGUUGCUGACCUCGAUGAUAUCAUCGUUCUGCACAGCUGGCUGCAGGUUGACCUCCGACCCUUCAGAGACUCCCUGCUGUCAAUCAUCUACGAUUGGACACACAUGUACACAAAUUAUCUGCUGGACUCAGUCAGCAACAGUCUGCAGCAGGUGACUCAGCAUGCUGACGGUGAUGAAGAGUCUUCCUCUUCCUCCAGUUUCCCUCUGACAGAAACCAUCAUCUUGCUGGAAGCUGCAGGGGUCCAGCUGCCUGAACACCUGUCGGCACAGCUACAGUGUUGAUGGGCUGAAGAGGAGACGUCUGAAUAAUUCAUUCAUUAUUCCAUCUUAUCAUUUAAAGUUCAGAAG